GGCGGAUGAGAAUACCAUGAGAGCCGCGCGUGAUUAACUAAAAUAGAUUUGUAUUAUUUUUACGUGUCCGUGACGUGUUAUCAGGACAAACGAACUUGACAUAGUUGUUGCUGACUAAACAUUACAGGUUUUUCAUUGCAAAAAAAUUAGUGUAGUGACGAAAAACACUGUAAUGUUCACAUCGUUGUUUAGCCCUUUGAUAACUAAGGCCAGCUGUGAAGAGGUGGGGGACUGGUUAUUUAAAACGAGCAGAUACAAAGCAACUACAUGAUAUAUUUCUGAAGUACGCCACCGUCGACCGCAACGGCGAGAAGUAUAUAACUAGUGAAGAUUUCGUCCGGAAGUAUCUUGGAUUAUUCGAUGAAGAUGACUACAACAAGGAGUCGGUGCAGCUCAUCGCUGGCAUCGUCGACAUGGACAAAGACGGCUUCAUCUCCUUCUCGGAGUUCCAAACGUUCGAGGGACUCCUCUGUGUGCCGGACGCACUGUAUAAGACCGCCUUCCAACUCUUCGACACCAACGGCAAUGGACUUGUUGGAUUUGACGAAUUCGCCGAAGUCAUGCAGAAGACGGCUCUGCACAAGAAACUACCUUUCAAUAUGGAGAGUACAUUCAUCCGCCUCUACUUCGGUAAGGAUAGGAAACGUCUAGUGACCUACCCUGAGUUCAGCCAGUUCCUUCACGACUUCCACGAGGAGUAUGGAGUGGAAGCCUUCAAGAAAUGCGACAAAAACGCCUCUGGGUUUAUCAGUUCUGGAGACUUCAGGGAUAUUAUGCUGUCCGUGAAGAACCAUCUGCUUACUAAGGAGAUGAAGACUAAGGUUAUAAAUGCUUCAGGCGGCUUCCCCCAAGGCGAGCGCAAGAUCAGUUUCCCCUACUACAUGGCCUUCAACUCACUGCUCAACAACAUGGAGCUUAUCAAGAGGGUAUAUCUCAACGCUACUAACGGUUCUCGCACGCACGAAGUCACGAAAGAAGAAUUCCUUCACUCCGCCCAGAUGAUGAGUCAAAUCACUCCUCUAGAAGUCGAUAUCCUGUUCACUCUUUGCGACAUGAUUCAUCAUUCAAAUGGUCGAAUCGUGUACAACGACCUCCACACCAUCACGCCGGAACAGUACUUCAAACAUGUGUCCCGACGCAUCGCAGAAAUUAAAGCCGUAUCCAGUCCGGAAGAGCGAAGCGUCUUCAUUCAGAUCUUGGAGAGCACGUACAGAUUCACGCUAGGUUCUAUUGCUGGUGCCGUUGGCGCGUCAGCGGUAUACCCAAUCGACCUGGUGAAGACUCGAAUGCAGAACCAGCGUACGGGCUCGUUCAUCGGUGAGGUGGCGUACCGUAACUCGUGGGACUGCUUCAAGAAGGUCAUCCGCCACGAGGGUGUCUUCGGCCUCUACAGGGGUCUCGUGCCACAACUCAUCGGAGUCGCGCCGGAAAAGGCUAUCAAGCUUACUAUGAACGACUUGGUUCGCGACAAAUUAAGCGACUCCAAGGGUAAUAUUUCGAUCCUCGGAGAAGUUAUCGCUGGAGCAUGCGCUGGUGGCUCCCAAGUGGUGUUUACAAACCCGCUAGAGAUCGUCAAGAUCCGUCUUCAAGUCGCCGGCGAGAUCGCGGGCGCCAGUAAAGUGCGUGCGUGGUCCGUUGUCAAAGACCUCGGGCUGUUUGGCCUAUACAAGGGGGCGAAGGCCUGCCUGCUUAGGGAUGUACCCUUCAGCGCUAUCUACUUCCCUGCUUAUGCUCAUGUUAAGGCCAAAUUCGCGGACGAGAACGGGUACAACCACCCACUGACGCUGCUGGUGUCGGGCGCCAUUGCUGGCAUCCCCGCCGCCUCGCUCGUCACGCCCGCUGACGUCAUCAAGACCCGACUACAGGUGGUGGCCCGAUCAGGCCAGACAACGUAUAACGGUGUAAUUGAUGCCGCGAGGAAGAUCUAUGCAGAAGAAGGAGCUAGAGCUUUCUGGAAGGGUGCCACAGCGCGUGUGUUCCGCUCAUCGCCACAGUUCGGCGUGACGCUGCUCACAUACGAGGUGUUGCAACGUCUCUUCUACGUGGACUUCGGUGGAUCACGGCCGGCGGGUUCCGAGUUCCAAGUAUCCACAUUGCUGGACGAAGCGAAGAAGAAGCCAGACCACAUCGGAGGGUACCAAGUAGCCACGCCGGUGCUCACUGGCUUAGAAACCAAGUUUGGCAUCGCGUUGCCAAGGUUCGCGCACAUCCACAAACCUCAACCUCAGUAGGUUCAACCUCAAAUACCCAGUUAGGGACAAAACCACAUUUGUCAGCACCGCAUUGCACUUUCCUAUACUUCUAUCUUUUUCUGUUACUUAGAAGCGUCAUUUGCCAGAGCGAGAGAAAGCGACUGCACGCGGCAGAAUCGAAGAGCGUACAUAAACGUGCAGUCGCUCUCUCUCGCUCUGGCAAAUGACGGUUCUGAGUAACAGAAAAGGAUAGAUGCAUAGGAAAGUGCAAUGAGCGGUUGACAGAUGUGGUUCUACCCUUAAGCUUCACACAGGGGAGGUACGGCCACGAGCAUCAAUGUUUAUAAUUUUAGUACCAUAUCACAUUAACUUUUAUGACAAACUGAACUGUAAGUUUAAGUCAUUUUCGAAUGUAUUAAUGCGAUAGGGUUCUAAAGUCGGUCUUUGAUAUGUUUUGCUGGUGACAGCGAAAAAUUCCGAUUCAGAAUGCUUCCGCUGCCACCUCUGUGUGCAGAAAAGUAUAAUACCCUAUAUGAGUUAAAUAUACAAGCGUCGAUCGAGUCGCGUAUAAAUGCGGUGUCUAGUUAAUUCGUACGGGUUGUACCGACCCGCGACUCGAGGUCUGCUAUCGACGUAGACGUGACAAAUAACACACGCUAUCACUAAUGUUAAGCUGAGCUGUCUACGUAGAUAAAAACUGCGAUAUUCAUAUCGCGUCUACGUAGCGUAGAUGAGUGGUGUUUUUAUAAGUUAUUACUUUAUUGUGAAGUAAAAACAUUUUUACGUUUGAAAUUGUUUUUGUCCGUCUACGCAUAUUAUUUUUUGUAAUCUUUAUUUUGUUAUUCUUUUUGUGAAGGAUCAUAAGAAGUGAGCUAAAAUCUAUUUUUAUGUUCUUUCUUACUGCCGUUCAAUUUCCAUGUUUUCUCCAGUUUUUAAAACAUUACUUAAUGUUUAAAUUUUAACCAAGGCCUAGCCUUAAGAGAUGUUGAUCUUGAUAAGUCGGUAAAAUUGAAAUUAUUUUUAGCCAAAUGAGAAUUAAUAAGAGAAGAUAACGAGCAUGAAACUGUGUGCUUUAAGGGUACUUCAAAUAGAUAAAUAGUAUUAUUGAAAUGUGAAAUAAAACAAAAAGAGGGCUCGGUAGUGCGAGAGCCAUGUUCACGCUCGCGCUGUGCCGAACUCAUUUAAUUUUAUAUCUCUUAUACGGUCCGUUGGCCACCUCGCAGCAUUUGUUUCUAUUGCCUUUAUUUUCAUCAGAGGCGAAUACCUUUUAGAUUAUUUUUCUAAUUAUAAGCGAAAAUCAGAAUCACUGAAAGUCGAACGUUUUGUUAUUUCUUUUGAUUGUUACGUUUUUUGUAUGAUUUUAUGAGAAAUUAGGGCUUGUUUUGUUAACUUAUUUCUUUACAGGGUGGUCACUUCGGUUUGUACCCAGUUUGUAAGUGUGGCUACCUUUAAAAUAACUAUAUAUGCUAAUAUCGAACUAGCGGAUAAAUUUUAUUUGAUAUUUUUGAUAUAAUAAUGCUUUUCGUUGUCAUAUCGGGUUGUCUGAAGUCUUAAUCUCGCAAGUUGAUGAAACAAGCCCGCCCAUAUCACGUCUGAUGUUCACGAGGUAUUUAGUUUUGAUAUAUAUAAUUCAGGUGGUACAAACUUACAAAGCAAAUGUUACCUGACUAGCAAGAAACAAUUGAUAUAAUUGAACUUAUUAAAGUAUUCCAUAGAUAGGAUGACUAUUGUUAUCUUCAAUCAGAAAUAUUUUAUAUAAUAAUUAUUAGCUUGGGUUCGUCCAUAGUAUAAAAUACAUAAAUUAAUAUGCUUAAAAGUAAUAAUAUUAUAGCAAUAAGAGUUGUGUAUACGCUUAAUUUUGUAAGCUUAUUUUUUAAAAUCAAACUAACUUGGCUUCUUUUUAUAAUGCCCCUUCAGCAGAAUGUUAUUCAACUUUAUUCUAUUAAAAUACUUCUUCAAUACAUAGGAUAUUUUGGGGAAGUAUAAUAACAAAAAUAUAUUCCAAUUUAAUAGCAAUAUUUUUGUAAUACUUAACGUAAUAAGUUCUUUUGUGUGAGCUUUAAUAUUUAUUUACUGUAAUUAUGCAUUUUAAUGUCUUUAUAAGAUUUUUUUCUAAAUUAUUAAUUACAAAGCAAUAGGAACGUGUUCCGGUAUAUGAUGCUCAGUUGCCAGUCCCUGAGGUUCCGGUUUAUGGUCAUAUUCCUCAGUGCUGGGGGUCGUGACUUCCCUACCCUUUGUGCGGGACUGGACAGAUUCUUGGAUUCGGCAGAUUCUGAAUUCUACAGAUUAGUUGAUUGGGCAGAUUAGUGGAUUCGACGGAUUAGCGAUACGGCAGAACUACAGUUGUUAAAAAAAAAACAAUCUAUCCCAUCCCGAAUCAGCCCUAUUUGGAAUAUCUAGCCGGACUAAUGCAUUAGGCUGCGUUCACCAGGCCUUUUCCCAUCUACUUUCCCAGUCACGAUUAAUCUGAGAUUGUCACCCUCUUUUCUUCCAUAGGUCGCUGGUUCAGAGCCGGCUCGAAGGACCAUUUUUAUGUGCCCUACAUAUAUAUCUUUAAAGUCCUUCCAGUAGCUUGAUGACGGCAACAUAAAAAACAGGCGGAUUUAUAGAAUCACGAUAUUUAUUUUUAUGGCACGAAAAAACUUACACCAUUUUAUAACAUUGAGUUGUUCUUAACUAACCAUAGACAAUCCAAAAAAACUAUUAUAGUAUAAAAAUAUUUAUGGUUGACUUGGUCAUAAACACCAAUGUGACCGAAGUUUACACCUCCACCAACCCGCAUUGGACCAGCGUGGUUGAGCAUGCUUCAUACCCCCUCCGGUUGGUUGUUGCCCAGGCACAGGCCUCCCCUACGUCCAUACGUCCUCCCAUACGUCCCAUUGCUGGCAAUGGGACGUAUAUAGGCUGUUUAUGUAUGUUAUGUGACCGAAGUAUUCAAGAAUUCUGCAGAGUCAAAUGACACAAAGCAAUAAUAGAUAGGGACAUGUUCCGGUAUAGGAUAACGCCAUGCAAUAUUUUAUUGUAUAGUAUUUUAUACUUAAUUACUUAUUUAAUUUAUUGUAAUACUUUUGUAAGUAUGUUAAUGCGCAUUGCGCAGGCAAAGUGAGAGCAGGGGGGCUAAAACGGCCACAUCGAAGCAAUUCAUCUAAGAAAGCAAUAUUGCAAUUUGACAUUUGCGCAUAUAAAAGUAAGUGCGCAAUGCAAACAACUGUCAAAUAGCAAUAUUGCUUUCUUAGAUGUAUUGCUUCGAUGUGGCCAUUUUAAACCCCCUGAUAUAUUUAUAUCUUAUAUUCUGUUGUAUGUCUAUUCAAAUGUUGCUGUAGGUUUGUAUGGCGUCGCUCAUACAAAAUCUUGUCCAUGAAAGGAGUUCCGUAUACGAGGCUCUAGUAUCGAAGUCUACAUAAACUUACUACUAUUGUGAUCGCUUGUUCAAAUAUUUGACAGCCAAGCAAAAUUGUAUCCAAUUAUCAAAUAAUUCGAUUGAGCUUGGCUGUGUAAUGGUGCUAAUUCCUGUAAAUACCAUCUAAUUUUAUUUUAAGUUAUAUCUGUCCUUUUCUUAUCCGCCGAAAAGGAAAGGGACGGGUAAUCGACAAGCAUAAAAUUUAUGGAACACACGUCAAUUUUAAGCACAAAUCUAAACCAACCGUCUAAAAAUUUUACGUCAGUCAAUAACCCGACACAUUAAUUUACUCAUUCUUCCUAAAAUUAAGAGCUGUGAAUCAUCCGUCCCUUUCCUUUUCGACGGAUACGAAAAUGACGGAUAUAACCUAAAAUAAAAUUAGGCGGUGUCUGCAGGAAUCGGGGCCAAUAUGUACUUAAACACAUGUCAUGGUCACAGCUUGCUUAUUUUUUUAUUGGUAAAUAGAUCAGUGUUGCCAAUUAGAACGCGUACUCCCAAGGGUUUGCUCUCAAACCCAACACAUCAAUCAAGAUAUUGAUCAAUCUCUAUUGAUUGAAAAUGUAAGCUGAUUUAAAACGCCUAUCGGUACGAGUACGCGAGUAUAAAGUGUUUCUUUAAGUAGACUUAAAUAAAUGGUAACCUUUCGUGUGUUUAUUAAUUUAUAGAACGCCAAACAACGGUGAGCUUGCAAAGGUAUGGAGCGAUUUUGGCAGCGAAUUUAAGAAAAAUAUCAUUAACUUGUAAUAAUUAUGAUAAUGGUACCGAUUCGGGCGACCACCCACUUAAUUUGUCAGGACUAACUAGCUCUAUCUCUUUCUCGCACUUAUUAAGUGGACGGCACUAUUCUAAGUGCUAAAAUUAGGUUAAGUUUGUGUGCGCCUGAAUAGGCAUCAAUGUGUUGCACUGUGUAUGUAGCAACUAAACUAUGGAUGACCCAAAACUGCACAAUUUUAACUGAACCUAUCUUCUGUACAAUUACUUAUAAGUGAUGUUGUAAGACAACAUUGUAUAAAAUGAAUCAUAGGACUAAAGACAAGUGAUAGAGAACCGAUGUGACUACUAUAUUUAUUGAUAUUGUACAUUUUUGUGUUAAUAAUAAAAUCGGAAUAGAUUA